AUGUUUGGACAAACUGGCAGCGGCAAGACGCAUACGAUGUGUGCCAUUGAAGAGAUGGCCACGCUCGAGGUCUUUGCCAACAUCUCUCCAGAGGAUAGUGAUGACCCUGUGAUUGGAAUCCAAUUUCUGGAGCUACGGGGCGACAAGUGCUUCGACCUCCUUGCAAAUACGAAAGGCCGAGAUUUUCCGGAGCUCCGCCUCCGCGAGCACGGUGGCACCUAUCGAGCCGAAGGUGCUAUGGAGCUCUAUCCUCGAGACAACGAAGACAUGCGCGUGGUGCUUGAAACGGGGCAUGCGAGGCGAAAAACCUCAGCAACCGGAGCCAAUGCCGUCAGCUCCCGCAGCCAUGCUGUUUGCAUCAUUCGCCUCUUUCAAACUGCGGGCAUGCUGGUCUUAGUCGACUGUGCUGGCAGUGAGCGGAAGAAGGACUCAAUGUACCACACCAAGGAGAGACAGCAGGAGAGCGCUGAAAUUAAUACCUCGCUUUCAUCCCUCAAAGAUUGUAUUCGGGCACUCUCCUCUCAACAGAAGGUGCCGUCGCACGUUUAUCGAACCUCUUCCUUGACCAAAGUUCUGGCUGAUGCUUUCAUUUGUGGUGACAGAGGGAGGCUGGCUGUGAUCUGCACUGCCUCCCCUUGCGCCACAGACACGGAGCAUAGCAUCAGUACCUUGCGAUUGGGUGCUGCCUUGGCGGGCUUCAGCGAUACCGAAGAGAAGGAUCUGCCUGACUUGAGCCACUGGUUGACCUUCUCCGGGAGCAUCGUGGUCAGCCUGAAGUCCACCCGAGCCAAUGGAAUCCGGACUCUUGGAGCCGAGGCCUGGAUUGCAGAACUGAAGGGUGACUUUGCGGAGGUGCUGAAUGGCCUGCCAAGCAACACGACUGGGCAGAUGCUGGUUCGCUUCACCGAAUCCCGAUGUGUGCAACUGUGA